CAGAGUUAAAACAUUUACUUUUCAGCACAGAUGUAAUUUCUGGAUAAAAAUUUAUUACGACAUAUUAAUUGUGCUUAUCAAAGAGAUUGUUGGAAUAGCACAUCAAUAUUGAAAAAUGGCUGAAGGAAAUGCCAAGGGACAACAAAUUGACAAGAAUUCAGUUUUCUCGUUGAUUAAUAAGGAGUAUGAAGAUGAAUUAAAGGAAAGAGCAAUGCUUCUGCUUAUACAAUCAGAAAUAAAUGUAAUAUUAUAAUAUAUAUAGAAAAGUAAAUUGAUUUUCCCCCGAUGAGUAAUUUUCCUUUAUUGUAGGAGUGUGUUUAUCAAUGGAAAAUGUUUGAUUGGUCUAACCAAAUAGAUGAAAAUGUUACUUUCUUCAAGAGUUUUAUCGAACAAGUGAACGGGAUAGUGAACACAACUCAUAAUGCCACAUCACUCUUUUUUCAUGAAUGUAUUAAAUUUAAAAAUGAGGAAAGAAACUUCAGUGAAAUCUCAGUUAAAUGUAUAAAUGCACUGGAUAAAGUAAUGUCUGAAUUUAUUAAAUCAAUACAGGAGUUUGACAUGAUCAUACAAACAUUGGUUAAAAAUAAUGAACUUUUAGUGCAUUCCAACUUGCUUGAUAAUCCAAACUUGUUUAUGGAUAAACAGACUUCUAAGAUUUUUCAUGAUCACCUCAAAACAGCUUCAGAUAUGUUAUAUGAUGAUCUUGAACAGUUAAUAAACCAAUUCCUGAUCAUCUUACUACCAACAACAGAAACAGUCAAGGCAGAAAAGCGACAGGCCACAAAGACUCCCUUUAUUGUACGUUUCCUGUGCAGUGAGGCUCUGAAGGUGCCAGAUUCAACAGGAAUAACUGAAACAAACAUCAUGGAAGAGAAGCAACAAUCUUCCUUUGAACUUCACAAUAAAAUUCCAAGAAGAGUUUUAGAUUGUAAUGAAAUGAUGAAUUUCGAAUUUGAUCUAGGCUUAAAGAAGACUGUUGAAAUUAAGGAUAGACCGAAAACAGAUAAGGAUAACGUAGUGGCAGCCUUCAGAUAUUAUUUACAUGUUUACUUGAACGAAUUCGUGUGGAAUAAUCACAAAUUGAAAUUGUUUAUUAGUACAAGAGCAUUUGUAAUCAUUUCGCAGACAUCACAGGUUGUUCAAGCUAAAGCAACUAUGAGCUGGCUUAGAUUUUUUGGAGAAGCUGUUGAGAAACCAUGGAAUGAAUUUAAGAAUUUAUUGUUAGAUUAUUACCAUGCAAAUACUGGAAGACAUCUAACAUCUACACAAAUCAACUAUUUAAGACAUAGAUUCAUGUUGGAGAAUGAUGACAGUACCAUCACUCUUAAUGAUCUUUUAACAAAAAAGUAUUUUAUAACAAAUUUUACACCUUGGCGUUGGUUUGUGGCGUGUAUCAAUUCAUUAAGAGCAGGAAAAGUAAAUACAUUUUGGAAGAGGAGAUUGGUUUAUGGUUUUAUAAGUAAGGGAUACGCAGAAAAAAUUCUUGCAGAUUAUGACAAUGGAACCUUUCUUAUCCGUUUUGCUGAGCGUGGAAUGAAAGCAACUCAUAGUGCAACACCAAAAGCAAAUUUUACACUGGCUGUGAAACAACAAAAUGAAAUUUAUCAACUACGGAUCUUUUUGAGUUUUGAGGAAUUAGAUCAGAAUUACUUGGAUUUAUUUGAGACACUAAAUGAAAUAGAAAUCUAUGAAACUAGAAGAAAACUAGUUGCCGAAGGAAACGUUGUGCUUAGUCCUAUUGAAAAUCAGUCAUUAGAAUUGAAAUCUUUCAGAGAAGCCCUAAACUGUGAUGAUGAAGAAUCAUUUGUAGAUGAUUGCUAUCAGGUAGAGAAGGUAAAGUAUCAAGUUCGUCUUAGACCAAUUGAAAGGAGUCACAGGAGUCAGUUUAUUCCAGAAUGUAAUGAUAGGCUAGAUGGAUUUGAAACAUCUACACCUUCUGCGUAAAGCCUGCAUUUGCUUGCUUUAUAAAAUAUGCUCUCCCCUAUUAUGAAAACUCCACCUACAUUUAUUGCGUAAAAUGCUUUUACGCCUAAUUUUCAAGGCUCUCCUACACCUGCUGAAAACGACUUUUUGUCAAUUUUGACAUUUCUGAGCCAUUAGAGAACAUAGUUUCGGAUGUAGUGGAAACUAAUAAUAGAGAUUGCAGUCUAAAUAAUACCUAUUUGAACAACUUUAUAAAUGAUGGUUUCCUAUAUGGAUUAAAUGGAAAUAUGAAUAAAAUGGAUCGAAAUUAGCCUGCUCCUUUAAUGGAAGGUUAGGUAAGGGCUGAAAUGAAGAAAAGGCAUUUUCCCAAAAUUGUAUUCUUAUAUGUUUGAAAUAUAAUAGCAAUAUUAUAAUUUUUAAGCUCAAUAAAUAUAUAGUAAAAUAGUC